AAAAACCCCGCUUAAAGACUUACCAUCCCUAAUCCCUAAACCCCUACCUAUAUAAACGAUUCUUGAAUUCUGAAGGAACAAAGGAACAAAACUAUAAUCCUGCAACUGACCCAUCACAGUAAUGGUUCUCAAUCACGAUCCUUCGUUACAACCCAUGAACGGCAAUGGGGGCAACAAGGUACCUGGUGAUUCUGGUUUUGACCAAAGGAUUCUAACUGCUCCUAUAAAAUCUGCUGUUGACAAGUUCCAACUUCUUCCCGAGUUCCUUAAGGUUAGGGGAUUGGUUAAGCAACAUUUGGAUUCCUUUAACUAUUUUGUGAAGACAGAAAUAAAAAAAAUAGUUCGGGCUAACAAUUUGAUCAGGGCGAGUAGGCACCCACAUAUAUAUCUGAGGUUUUUAAAUGUCAAAAUUCGUAAACCAUCAAUAGUGGAUGAAUCUGUUACCGAUGAAGUUACUCCACAAACAUGCCGCCUAAGUGACCAAACGUAUGCCGCUCCUAUAUGUGUUGAUGUUGAGUACACACAUGGAAGUCGUGAUGACCCACGUCUACAUAAAAGGCUCAAUGUUGAAAUUGGAAGAAUGCCUAUUAUGCUGCGGAGUUGUUGUUGUGUGUUAUAUGGGAGAGAUGAAGCUGAACUUGCUAAACUUGGUGAGUGCCCCCUUGAUCCUGGAGGGUAUUUUGUAAUCAAAGGAACUGAGAAGGUGAUUUUGAUACAAGAGCAACUGUCAAAGAAUAGAAUAAUUAUAGACACUGACAAAAAAGGAAACAUAGCUGCAUCUGUUACAAGUAGCACAGAGAAAAUAAAAACAAAAACUGUUAUUGUAAUGGAAAAUGAGAAGCUCUGGUUACAUUUGAAUCAAUUCCCUAAGAAGGUUCCUCUAAUGGUAGUUAUAAAGGCUAUGGGGAUGGAGAGUGAUCAAGAAGUUACACAGAUGCUUGGAAGAGAUCCUCGUUAUAGUUAUCUACUGUUGGCCUCUUUUGAGGAAUGUAGAAAAUGCAAUGUAUAUACACAAGAGCAAGCAUUGGAGUACCUUGAUAAGAUGGUAAAACGUUCCAUGUAUUCAAACAAUUCAGCUGAAAAGGAAGGAAGAGCAUUUUCUGUCCUAAGAGAUGUAUUUCUUGCAAAUGUGCCUGUGGAUGGAGAUAAUUUUCGGCCAAAAUGUAUAUAUGUUGCUGUUAUGAUGAGACGCAUAAUGGAUGCGAUUUUAAAUAAAGAUGCAAUGGAUGACAAGGAUUAUGUGGGUAACAAGCGGUUGGAGUUAUCUGGCCAGUUAGUAUCACUACUUUUUGAGGAUCUCUUCAAGUCAAUGACAACCGAAGUUAAGAAUUUGACAGACAAAAUGUUAGAUAAGCCAGACAAGGCUAAGAAUUUCGACAUAUCUACUCUUCUUAAUCGGACUCAGAAUAUCAUCACUCUAGGCCUGGAAAGGACACUCUCCACUGGUAAUUUUGAAAUUAAAAGGUUCAGAAUGGAAAGAAAAGGAAUGACACAGGUGUUACAAAGGUUAUCAUUUAUUGGUGCUAUGGGCCACAUGACAAGAGUCUCACCACAGUUUGAGAAGUCCAGGAAAGUAAGUGGACCUAGAGCUUUGCAGCCUAGUCAGUGGGGCAUGCUUUGUCCUUGUGAUACCCCUGAAGGUGAAGCUUGUGGACUGGUCAAGAAUUUGGCUUUGAUGACUCAUGUUACUACCGAUGAAGAGGAGGCCCCCUUAAUUUCUAUGUGCUAUUCGUUGGGUGUUGAAGACCUGGAACUUCUCUCUGCAGAGGAGCUUCACACACCUGAUUCCUUUCUUGUAAUUUUAAAUGGUUUAAUCCUUGGAAAGCAUAGGAAGCCACUGCGUUUUGCUAAUGCAAUUAGAAAAUUGCGGAGAGUUGGUAAAAUUGGCGAGUUUGUAAGUGUCUUUGUCCAUAACAAGCAGCACUGUGUCUACUUAGCUUCUGAUGGUGGUAGAGUUUGCCGUCCCCUGGUCAUUGCUGACAAGGGAGUAUCAAGAAUCAAAGAGCAUCAUAUGAAAGAGUUAAUGGAUGGAGUACGCACAUUUGAUGAUUUCUUACGAGAUGGCUUGCUUGAGUAUCUUGAUGUUAAUGAAGAAAACAACACUUUGAUUGCUUUAUAUGAAGGAGAUGCCACUCCAGAAACUACACAUAUUGAGAUUGAGCCUUUUACCAUUUUGGGAGUUAUUGCAGGGUUAAUUCCAUAUCCUCAUCAUAAUCAGUCACCUAGGAACACAUAUCAGUGUGCUAUGGGUAAGCAAGCAAUGGGAAAUAUAGCAUUUAAUCAGCUGCGCCGGAUGGACAGCCUGCUUUACCUACUCGUUUAUCCUCAACGACCUUUACUGACAACAAAGACCAUUGAGCUGGUUGGAUAUGAUAAACUUGGAGCCGGUCAAAAUGCCACGGUAGCUGUAAUGAGCUAUAGUGGUUAUGAUAUCGAAGAUGCCAUUGUCAUGAACAAGGCAUCUCUUGAUCGUGGAUUUGGUCGUUGUAUAGUUAUGAAGAAGUAUAGUGCUGUCAUUCAGAAGCAUUCGAAUGACACGUCAGACCGAAUACUUAGGCCUAAUAGAGCUGCAGACACUACAGGACGAAUGCGGAUACUUGAUGAUGAUGGUAUUGCUGCUCCUGGGGAAAUUCUUAAGCCUUUUGACAUCUAUAUCAAUAAACAAUCACCAAUUGAUACACGUACUCCCAAAACAGGAUCAGCAGCAAAUUUGCCUGAUAGUGCAUAUCGGUCCAAUGCACAAUCAUUCAAGGGUCAUGGAGGAGAAGUAGUUGAUAGGGUGGUUCUAUGCUCUGAUAAGGAUAAAAACAUGUGUAUCAAAUUUCUGAUUCGUCACACUCGUAGACCUGAGCUUGGUGAUAAAUUUAGCAGCAGACAUGGGCAAAAGGGUGUUUGUGGAACCAUUGUUCCGCAAGAAGACUUUCCAUUUUCUGAGAAAGGCAUUUGUCCUGAUCUGAUUAUGAAUCCUCACGGUUUCCCAAGUCGGAUGACGGUUGGAAAGAUGAUAGAGCUUCUUGGAGGGAAAGCAGGGGUUUCAUGUGGUCGAUUUCAUUAUGGCAGUGCUUUUGGGGAAAGAAGUGGACAUGCCGACAAGGUUGAAGCCAUAAGCGAAACUCUUGUGAGUAAAGGCUUCAGCUACAGUGGGAAAGAUUUCAUUUAUUCAGGUAUUACUGGUUGUCCACUGCAAGCAUAUAUUUUCAUGGGUCCAAUUUACUACCAAAAAUUAAAACAUAUGGUGCUUGAUAAGAUGCAUGCUCGUGGCAGCGGCCCUCGUGUCAUGCUAACUAGGCAGCCUACAGAAGGGAGAGCUAGAAAUGGAGGUCUUCGUGUUGGAGAAAUGGAACGCGAUUGCUUGAUUGCUUAUGGUGCUAGUAUGUUAAUUUAUGAACGACUUAUGCUGUCUAGUGAUCCUUUUGAAGUCCAGGUAUGUACAAAAUGUGGGUUGUUAGGAUAUUACAACCAUAAGCUAAAAACUGGUAUUUGUUCAUAUUGUAAGAAUGGAGACAAGAUUUCCACCAUGAAGCUGCCAUAUGCAUGCAAACUUAUGAUUCAGGAACUCCAAUCAAUGAAUAUUGUUCCCCGUUUAAAGUUGGCAGAUGCGUGAGAUGAUCCCACACAGAUAUUUCUGUUUGGGCAAAUUACAUGGCCGAGAAAUUGCCAUUGACCGCUAUUCAUGAAUUUCUGCUGAUUCUUUUGUAUAUCCUCUUCUUCAAUUUUGCUCAACCCUCCCUUCCUUUACCCUGAAAAAAUUGUAAAACUUAGAACCACUUUGUUUAUGGAUUUUUUAAUUUAAAAACAUUUUAUAAA